CAUGUUCCUCCAUUCCUCCGAAUCAAGCCAAUCGCUAUUUCGAUGGAGUUAGAUACGUGACGCAUUCUCCCCAUCCCCAUCAGAAUGUGAGUAACCUUUGCCGCGUAUCGGGGAUUUACAUUCAAACAACACUCGUUGCAUUGGCUUUCUAAUUCAUGUGAAUAAUACCUCUUAGUUUUUCACUGCCAUCAAAGUAUGAUGACAAACCUAUAUUGAAGUGAAAUGCAACGAAACGAUAAGAGGUUGUUCAAUUUGAGGCUAACUGCUGCACUGAUAAAUCGUUUAAUCAGUUCUACUUAUGCCGUGCGGCGCGAAGUACUUAGUUUUUUACCAUGGAGAUCCAAUUCAAGCAGUUUAAGGAAGUGACUCAUUACGAUUCAGUUCUUCGAAACGCCAUUUGGUUGGAUUGUAUUGAGUUGGCGCAGCAAUCACUUUCCAAGGGAGCCAACAUUAACUGCCGAUAUGCUGAUGACUGGAACACUCCGCUACACUUGGCGAUUAACAAUCGUUGUCGGCUGGAGGUAAUAAACGAGCUGAUGAGCCACAAACCUGAUUACAGUUUAGUGAAUGGAGAUAAUUUAACGGCGUGCGAGGUGGCUUUGCGGGAUGGAUUGGAAGAACUGGCGAGGAGGCUGAUUAUCGAAGAGUUCGGAAAGGUUCAGGACCCAACAGACGCGAUCUACGCAAUGCUGAAACGAAAUUCAGCGGAGGCUCUUGAAAUGCUGAUUGAUGGGCUGAAUUUGUCGGAUUGUGCAUUGGCCGGCUGCUUAUCAAUGACAUGGAACAAACUGGAGGUGAUGAACGUGGUACUGAAUCCUGCAGUGAAAGUAUUCGUUCACUCAUUGCUCAUUCGGUUAGAAUACGACAGUGCAUUUAACCGGAAACAUUGCGGGGAUUCCCCGGGUGUGAUGGAAGAGCAAAUGAGAAUGGUAAUAGCUGAGAUUGAGUAUUUGGAAAAGAAAUACGACACUGGUUUGUGUCAUGAUGUCACAGAUGAGUUCCUGGAGCUAUUAAGGCUUAUUUUGAAGUACUUGUUCGUGUUGAAAAAUAAGGUGAAUAACUUCCCCGCGAUGCAGCUGGAGUAUUGUUUAGCGAUUUAUCUUGCAAUAUUCGAUAGAAAGCCCGAGUUAGACCAAUAUCAAUUGGUUGUGAAUAAAAGGCUAAUUAUAGAGUUUUUAAAGUUGUUCAAGUCAUGGUACAAGCAUCCUAGUGAUGACCAGAGGAUGUCCUGUGAGUUGUUAUUCAAUUUGGUGAAGUAUAUGGAAGCGAACGCGGAGGAGAAAUGCGAACAAAUCAUUUUAAGUUGGAAACUUAUUGCAAAAUCCACAUAUACUAAGAGAGAACUAGUGCUGAUAAGGAAUAAAACAUUGAAAUGCAAGCAGCUGAGAAGUCUUAGCAGUGAUAAACUGAAAGAGUGCACGGAGUCAGAGUGGAACGUGUUGAAAAACGAAUCGGAUAACAUAAAUAGAAUGUUUGAAAAUAAGAAAUCUAAACGUCAAAACAAAAAUUUAAUCAAAACAUUUUACAGACUGAAGCAAAUGUAUUCUCUUCAAAAAUCUAUUCACUAUUUGAGUGUGGUCCAAAACCUGGAACUCAAUCCUGAUCGCUGUUGCUAUAGCGAGAUGCUCACAAUUCAACGAAUCAUACAAGUUUUAGGAGAAACGCUUAAAUCGACUAAGCUAUCUCCAAACAUCUCGUCGAAUAUGAAAUCUAUUUUGGAUUUUGUUUCUCCCGAUAAUUUACUAAAAUGGGUCAGCAAGCUUCGACAAUAUUUCUCUCAUAAUUACUCAGCCACGAAGCACACAUUCUAUCGGCGAUUGCGAGUCAACGAUACCGAAAUGAUAAUUUUUUUCAAAAGAGUUAAGAAUGAUUUGUUGAAGCUUGUCCCAUUGAUAAGUAACAUCUACACAGAUUUUCUAUACAGGUGCUUUAAAAGCUUUCUGGGUAACACAUUGAAAAUGCAGUCUGUUGAACAUAUUCGCUCAUAUGCAGAAGCCAGUCGUGUUCGACCUGGAUUUAAAGUAGAUUGCUAUUUUCAGAGUUGUGGUUUACGGGAAAUAAGAAGUAAGCUUACAGAAUUACAACAAAGCUUCGAUCCGGAACGGCACAGCUCCAGCUUGGAAAUAUUAACGAAGAUUAGUUCAAAAAUUGACGUCUACGAAGAGUACUUGGAGAAUAGAUCAAUCAACUUCAUGACGGAUAUGGUAUUGGGUUGCAUUGGCGAAUUAAUCAUCUGUAAUGACUUGCAGUAUCAGAAAAAUUUGGCUCAUUUUUAUUUAGGACAUUUUUCCAGUCCUAAGGAAGGUGGAUUUGGUGCAAUAAAAUUCUUACUUCUACGUUGUAAUCCAUUGUUGCGAGAUCUUUUGGCUUUGGAAGCAAGAAUUGCAGACACAACCUCUCAUAGAAGAGCAGAAAUGAUUCAAAAUUUUCUCAAAAUGGGUAACGUUGAGGACAUUCAACAAUUGUACGAUUUGACGCUGCUGAAGGACACCACUAGUUCUCAAAGUAUAUGCAAUACGCUAGUGGCUGACAGUCUAUCGCAAGCUCAGUCCCUAGAGUUACACAAAAAACUGCGAAAAUAUUAUGACAACUUAUUCUCUAUAGAUGACAAAUAUCGGGUAGUCAAAACAUUUUGUAAAAGCAAUAAAUUGAAAUAUAAAGCAGAUGCAGCUGUACAGUGCCGCAAAAAAGAUAUAAAUGAGUGCCAGGACGUGAUAAAAGAUCUCAUCUCGGAUUUGAAUGAGAUUGUUUCACUUCCAGAGAAUAUGAAGACUUCGAAGCUUGUUUCAUUGAUUUCAUCCUGCGGAGUGUACAAUAUUGAUAAGGUUGAACUUUUUGCGCUGGAAACUAUUUUGCUUGAAUUACUGGAAAUCCUAUCAAGUCAAGACGUUCUCACGGAUAAUCGUUUUAUGAUGACGUCUUUCAGAUCAGUCGUGACAGGCCGUAAUUUACGUAACUAUUUAGCUCACGACGGCUUGGUUUACGAAACUAUUUGCAGAAAUGAAAGUCCCGUCUUAACAAUACUAUUGAAUGCCAUUUGUUUAACUAAAUAUUGCAAUGUUGAAUUGUACUCAAAAAGUAAGCAGACUGACAAUAAAGAGGCUCAAUAUACUGGAUCCAAAACACACGAGUGGAUAAAAACAUGUAUUAAUGAGAAAACAAAUGUCUUUGUGAACAUCGAAAAAGGUAAUUUUGAUCUACUAACUUCUAAGGAUAUCGAAUUAGGAGCUAGAGAUUAUAACAAACGAAGUGUUUUAAUGGCUUUGAUUGAUAACCAUUCCGAGCAGAUGAUACGACUCUUGUUAGAAAGACCCUCAACGAUAAGGUCAUUGAUAGAUGCUUUGAUCCAAAGAAUGCCUAAUCAAAAUCAUAACUUCUAUGAUGAUGAUGAGUUCACCCUGGCGCAGCUCAUUAAUCAACAGAGCAUCCGUGAGAGUAUGUCAUUUUACUUAGCUAUGAAGUAUCAUCACUUUGAUUUGGAACAAGAGUUGAAUGUUCUACACGGUGGUGCGUAUAGCAAAGAUAGUCUUCACAUGGCUAUCAUAUUCAAGAAUGAGAAAAGCGCUCUGUCCAUCAUCAACGAUGAACAUCUUUAUUCAAUUUGCAAAGAUGAAGCAUGGAAUUUCCGAAAUACUGUGUUGUUCCAUGCAGUUUUGCACAAACUACCAAAUGUCGUACGACGAAUAUGCGAAGUUAGUCCAGAGCUAAUCGAGCGCACCAACACUAAUCAAGAAACUCCUCUUCGAAUAGCGAUCGCCGGUAGUUGUAAAGAAAUAGUCGAAAUACUGCUCGAAUUCGGCGCAAGGAUCUUCACCAUAGAAAAGCCUUCAAUAAUAUACGCUCUCCAGGUGAGGAAAGACGAUCUUUUGGAAACUUUAAUUCCAUCCGAGGAGGAACUGAUCAAAGAUGAAGAGCUCCUCAAUCGUUUGGUCGUUUAUUCUAGCUCCAGCAAUUAUACCAUCCUGCUAAAUAGACUUCUCCCGAUUGUGAAGCGUAGGUCCACUCUAAUAGAAUCUUUAGGUUGGGCAGUCCAGAAUAACCAAUUGGACGCAGUUCAAGUUCUGCUAAAUUUCGAUGUCACUCUUGUGAAUGAGGUGAGCGAGUUCGAGACUACAGCCCUUUUUCGUGCCUGCUACUUAGGCCUAGAUAAAAUAGUUGCAGUACUCCUUGAACGUGGUGCGGAUGUUAACUAUACGAAGGAAAUAUCCCCACUACAAUGCACUAUUGACACGAACCGACACAAACAGUUUAAGAUGAUGAUCCAGCGAGGUAUAGGGGAACCAGAUCUUAUAAAUCACAUGUUCCAAGAUCUGUAUUCCUUGUCAAGAUAUAGCUGGGUUUGGACACUUCUACAUGCAGGAUAUUCGUGUGAUAAAGACAUCGUUAAGUCUUCAGUAAAGAAUAUAAUAGACCACAGUACAUUAGAGUUUUUGUUUAAACUAAUUCGAUUUAAAAGGGAGUUGAUUCAGCAUAUCAAUACACAUACAUUGGCAAAUGCAAUUUUACUUAAAAAAUUCGAAUUUGUAAAAUACGUACUGGAACGUUUGGAUGAUUGGAGUGGGUUAGAUCGGACAAGGCUCUUGAACUACGCCGUCAAAGCAAACGAUAAAGAUAUGGUUCAAUUGCUCGUAGAACACGGUUGUUCAGUUAACUCUUCAGAUGCGAAUGGAAUAACUCCUUUGGCAACUGCUGUUUCAAUUGGAAAAUCUGACAUGGUUAGAGAGUUGAUUAUGGUUGGCGCAGAUCCAAACCUGGAAUCUAUGGAACACUGUGACCAAUUGUUAGAUGUGUGGAACAUGGUGUGUGAUAAUAUUGAUGAUCUUCCCGGUGGAAAAUAUUAUCGUACAUAUCCGCUUAUUCUAGCUGCAAAGAACUCCUCCAGUAAGACAGCUGUGUAUCUCUUGAAGCAUGGUUCUGAUGCGGAUGUAAGUGACCAAAGUGGGUUAACUGCCUUGGUUGUGGCAAUGUCUUUCGGUGACGAGGAGCUUGUCGAUGCUUUGAUUCGUCAUGGUGCCAGUGUUGACUAUGUACGUAACUAUUCUCAUCCUUUUUUUAAAGAUGGUAACGCUUUACACUGUGCUGCCACUUAUGGACACCUGGACAUGAUUACACGAAUGGUAGGAGAAUUUGGAUUCAAUUAUAUGGCUACUGAUUCUGACGGAAACACAGUGCUUCAUUUAGCGGCCAUGAAAGGGAACGCCAACAUUGUGAACUACUUUCUGCAUGACAAUAUCUGGCAUCAGAUAAACAAAAAUGGAGAUACGCCUCUUAUGCUGGCCUUGAAACAUCUUGACCUAACCGUGUUUAGAGUGAUCAAAGGUUUGAAGACAUGCGAGAAGGAGGUAAAUCAAUUUCGAGGAACAGCAAACCGAACCCUUCUUCACGAAGCUGUAUUGAAAGAGGACAUUACCUUGGUGCAAAUAUUGUUGAAAGAGUUCGAUAUCGAUAUCUACUGGGCUGAUAAUUCCGGAUAUACUGCUGUCCAUUACGCCGUUCGUAGGAAAAACUACGAUCUUGUUAAACUUUUAGUGGAGGCCGGGACUUCGCUUACAGGUCCUAGCGAGCAUAACACAAUGCCCCCUUUUGUAAUAGCUGUAUUAACGAACCAGUUAAAUAUAGUUCAGUUGUACUUUGAGAAAGAAAGGAAUGCAAUCAAUCAUGUGAGGAAUCACCGUUACGAUGGAAAAAAUUUGUUGAUUUCAUCUAUUCUGCUAAACAAUUUUGCUAUGUGCAAACUCCUACAGGAAAAAGUUCAAUUCGACUUGAAUGAAUCCUACGAAAAUGGAUACACGGCACUUCAUGCGGCAGCUACGAGUAAUUCGGUGCGAACUAUUGACUUUCUUGUAAAUCGUGGAUCUAAAAUUGAUUUAAUUUCGGAGGACAAUAAGACAGCACUCAUCCUGGCGAUUGAAUAUGGAAAUUUCCGGGUGGCACACUACCUACUGACCGAAGGCGCGUCAAAACAAACCGUUACAGACUAUCGUCUCAAAGUGGACGACGCGAAUCUUCUUCAUCUUAUGGCAUCAAAGGGUCAAUUGAACUCACUCAGGUUCCUCUUGGAUAGAGCUUUCUUUACUAGAACGGAUACCGACGCAAUCGGGAGAACAAUCGGACACUUUGCGGCAUUUAACAAACAACAUGAUGUCAUAGAGUAUCUCAUAGCAUCCCAGUUUCCGUUUGAUCAAUUAGAUAAUGAGGGACGAUCAUGUUUGGUGUACGCUUUGGAAAAUGAAGAUCUUCGACUAGCGAAAAGGCUUAAAUCUAUUGGAUCAUCCUUGGAAAUUGUCCAGCUUUAUUGUGAAAAGAAUAAUUUUCUCGUUCGAGCUUUAAAUAAUAAGAAAAUUAAAUUGAUGAAAUUUCUUAUAAAAGAAUGCUACGUAAAGGUGGAAUCAUCGAUAGAACAUGUGUUGAUUGGAUUAUCUCAAUCGAACUCGAACAAUGCUGCAUCUAUCGUAGAGUCAGAAACGUCCCAAUCCAACAACGAACCCGAAAAUUCUGCAUUGAUUGGACAUUUCAUUAACGGCAAUCUAACUUUUGCCGAAAAUCUGAUCGACGAUGUUGCAUCUUUAGAAGAGCUUAAAAAUUACCGAACGACCAACAGAGAUAAGGAAACUAUACUUCAUGUCGUUGUACGGAAUGAUUGUUUAUCGAUUCUUAGACUAUUGCUUACGAAAGGUGUAUUCGAUAUCGACGUCGGGGACGUGGAUCAGACCACUGCUCUGCAAGUAGCGGCAAUGCUUGGGCGGAAAGAAUGUGUAGACCUUCUGCUACAGUUCGGGGCAAACGUCGACUUCGAGGACUUGCAAAAAACUACUGCUCUAACAAGGGCUUGCAUAAACUCACAGAAAGAUAUUGCAGAUAUCCUUUUGAGUCAUGGCGCCAGCGCGGAGAACACUAAGGCGUACUCAUUCGCUGAACGAGAUGGAGCCACUUCGCUGCAUAUUGCCGUUCUCGGGGAUUUGAGUCUGGUAGAACUUCUGGUCAGGAAUUUUGGAAUGGACGUAAACGUGGUAGAUACCUGCGGGCGCACAAGUCUACACAUUGCGUCUCAGAAAGGGUCAAUUGAAGCAGUUGAGCUAUUACUAAAAUUAGGUGCCCGAUCUGAUAUCAUUGAUCGGGAUGGAAAAACACCAUUUGUGACUGCACUUGUUUCAGGUUUCGAAGAAGUGGCAGAAAGGAUUCUCGCUGAGACGCAAGAUGUGGAAUAUCUCCGACAUUUUCGAAUGCCCCAAACACUAAAAUCCAUUUUACACAUUGCAUUAGAUAGAAAGUUUACUCAUUUGUUGCUAUUGUUACGUAACGAUUACAGACUUGAUUGUAGUUCGACAGACAUCGAGGGAAAAUCGAUUCUCCACUAUGUAGUGGCAGAUGGUAACGAGUCGCUUUUGAAGCAGCUACAACCUGACGCAGACAUGUUUUUUCUAGAGGAUAAUUUUGGGAAAACACCUCUCUCAAUGUCAACAGAACAGUCAAAUGUGGACAUUUUUAUGACUCUGAUUCAAUCAUUAGCUGAGUCCGCGACAUUGAAUCAGCUGAUCAGUAUUUUCGAGAAAUUGUCCAAAUUGGAGGCUACCCAAUUUGUGAACUUGUACGCCAGAUGGUUGCUAGACAAUAAAAAAAGUUCCAUUGCAAAGAAUCAACAAUUCGCUGGCGUGAUUACUCGAACUUAUACCACUGAUCCUUUUCUGCACGCCAUACAUGGAGAUCAUAUAGACCUUGUUGAACUAUUUCUGGAAUGUGGGGUCGUCAGAUCCUUUGAAUUUGAUGCUACUACUUGGUUACAUGUAGCGGCUCUGAAAGGAGUGAUCCCUUUCGUGAAAGUGAUGCUGGAGGAAUUCAAGUUACCUGUUAGCUGUGUCGACAAUCUUGAUAAGACUCCCUUAUGCUACGCUGUGGCAAUGCGACAUACGAAAACUGCUCAAUAUCUUUUGGAACGCGGUGCCGACGUUAAUUUCCGAGACAAAUUUAAACGCACUCCUCUUCAGACUGCUUUAGAGAACAACCACACGGAGAUGGUUCAACUGCUUUUAAAGUAUCAUGCCAGUAUUUCACUUUUGCAGGAGUUUCGAUAUCAAAACGACAAUGAGCACUUAGUCCAACAUUAUCUCGCAGAACGUGGACUUACAGAGGCACUCGCACUAAUUAUUUCCGAAAUUGAUAUCUCCCAUGGGGAUAAGUUCGGAAUGACUCCAUUGCACUACGCUGCAGGAUGCAACCAACUAGAAGUUAUUGACAUGCUGGUGAAGGCCGGAGCUGCGAUCGAUUGUUUAGAUAUCCAUAAAACAACACCUUUGAUGAGAGCCCUAUCCAAGAAUCAUUUGAAAGCGUACAAUAUGUUAGUUGGAUUUGGUGCAAACGUCGAGCUACUACUAAUGUUUCAAGAUACCGAUUUUGAUGGUGGAUCAAUAUUGCACAUAACAGCUGAGAAAAACCGAAUGGAGGCAACUAAGUUACUGGUGGAGGAUUUGAAAUGUGACAUAGAUUGUGUCGAUAAAAAUGGAAACACUCCUUUGCAUUGUGCCAUACAAAAAGAAUGUUUCGAGAUAGUGAAAUAUUUACUACAGAAAAAUGCUAGCUUACAUUUGAAAAACAGCAACGGUCAAACCUCACUUCAAUUAUUGGAAGCGGUGAGUUACGAUGUUGAUAGCACUACUGGAGUUCAGUUAUGUAACAAAUGAAAAAAGUCAUGAUUACUCCAUUAUCAUUGACAUUGACUGCCGCUAACCGCAAGUCGAGCACAUAUGUAUAAGGACGCCAUAUACAGAUGUGCUCGACUUGCGGUUAGCGGCAGUUGAUAACUGUUUUAUACUUAUUAGGAAUGCCUAGUCUAAUCUGGACUAAAGUGCCUGCAUUAUACAAGUUAUUAAUCCAGCCUUUUUAUUUUGGACUACACAGCCAGUUCUUGACAGAUUCCUGGUAAUCGAUAAAUUCAACCAUAUCUGUCACUUUUCUUUUCAUUAUUUAUGUUUGAGGUCCAUAAUAAAUGUACUUUAGGGACACUUCUCACGGAAUCCAGAUUCAGAAUUGCUCGCGUUUUCAAGGGCACACCACUUAUUACGGAAGCAACACACAACUGCCAUUUUUAUUAUUUCAAGACAAAAUUUUCAAAACGACUUAUCUGCUUAUCUGCUGUUGCAAAGAUUCAAACGACGAUUUGACGAAUCUGAUAGCUCUCCCACGCAAACUAACCAGGGGAGAAGGCGAGGCA